CUUUGUCGUAUCCCGCUUUCUAUUCAUCUAUUUAUUAUCCGUCAUGGCAGGAGAUGAUUUCUAUGUACGAUACUAUUCAGGACACAAAGGACGAUAUGGUCACGAAUUUUUAGAAUUUGAAUUUCGAUCGGAUGGACUUUGUAGAUAUGCAAACAACUCCAAUUAUAGAAACGAUAGUUUGAUCAAAAAAGAAAUGUAUGUUAGCCCGGCUGUCAUUCAAGAACUGAAACGUAUGAUCGAUAUUAGUGAAGUGAUGAAGAAGGACGAUCGUUUAUGGCCAGCAAAGAAUGUAGUGGGUAGUCAGGAAUUGGAAGUACGAUCUGGCAAUGAUCAUAUCUCAUUUGAAACAUCUAAAUUAGGCUCAUUAGUAGAAGUGGAAGAAAGUGAAGAUCCUGAUGGGUUACGUGCGUUUUACUACUUGGUACAAGAUCUCAAGGCUUACGUGUUUUCUCUUAUUGCUAUGAACUUCAAGAUCAAACCUACCAACUAAAAUUGGUCUUUUAUAAUAUAUACAAAAUCUUUAGUUAUUUUUUUUUUGGGUAUGUCUUUUUAUUAUUAAAAGUGAAUAAAAAAAGUGUAAAAAUUGUUCAUUUGCAUCAUCAAGUUUCUAAU